CGGAGACCGCUCUCCCAUCAAGGCCUUCCCGCGGGACCCGCACCAGGAGAGCGCUUGGCCCCAAGGAUUCGGGCAGCUCACGCAGGUGGGGAUGCGGCAGCAGUGGGAGCUGGGCCAGGCCCUGCGGCGGCGCUACCGCGACUUCCUCAGCGACACGUACCGGCGGCAGGAGAUCUUCAUCCGCAGCACGGACUGUGAUCGGACCCUGAUGAGUGCAGAGGCCAAUCUGGCAGGCCUGUAUCCCCCAGGAGGACAAGAGAUGUUCAACCCUAACAUCUCCUGGCAGCCUAUCCCUGUGCACACAGUGCCUGAGUCUGAUGAAAGGCUACUGAAGUUCCCUUUGACACCUUGUCCACGGUAUGAACAGCUACAGACUGAAACACGGCACUCAGCAGAAUACAUAAAUAAGACCAAAGAGAAUUGGCAAUUCCUGCAGAUGGUGGCAAAGGAGACUGGGAUCCGGGAUAUCUCUCUCGAGAGUGUAUGGAGUGUGUAUGACACGCUGUUCUGUGAACAAGUACACAAAAUGGAUUUGCCUGGAUGGGUGACUCCAGAUGUCAUGACUCAGUUGAGGGAACUGAAAGACUUUGGUUUUGAAUUUCUAUUUGGGAUCCACAGUCGGGUAGAAAAAGCUCGUCUGCAAGGCGGGGUCCUGCUGGAUCACAUAAGGAAAAAUCUAACCAAAGCAGCAAAUGUUUCUGCCCAUCAGAACCUAAAACUACUUGCCUAUUCAGCGCAUGACACCACACUUGUGGCACUGCAGAUGGCUCUAGAUGUCUUCAACAAGAUCCAAGCACCAUACGCCUCAUGUCAUUUAUUUGAACUGUACCAAGAGGAUGAUGGUAACUUCUCCGUGGAGAUGUUUUACCGAAAUGAGAGUGGGAAGGAGCCCUUCCCACUGACAAUCCCUGGCUGUCAGCAUAAAUGCCCAUUGCAAAGAUUCUUGGAACUCACAGAGCCUGUUAUUCCCCAGGACUGGGAGCAAGAAUGCAAGGUGUCAAGCAGUAUUCACGACACAGGAUCACAGGAGGAAACAUUGCAAAGAAAGGAACUUGCUCAUUCAAAUGGAAAGACAGUAGAAUAAUGAGAUAGACACCUGCAGUUUGGACUACCAUCAAGGUACAGCUGUACCCAAGAAACAGAGGUUCGAGUUCCAUUCUCUGCUCUUGUCAAAGGGAUUGCCCCAAUAAAUUCAUUUUUC